AUGAUGCUGUUUGUGCCCAAACAUCUUCUUUUUCUGCAAUUUAUUGGACAAAGAAGUCCAUUUAAGCAGCCUCUUGUUACCAGCCUAUGUCCUGUUCCUACCGCACAUUCGGCAAGCUUAUGUCUCGGUCGGCUUUUGUGCUGUCGCCAGUGGGGAAAAUCCGUUGCAAGCCUCUCGGGCGAGAAUUACAACGAGACCCUCUGCUUCUGGCUGCCCCUUGCAGCUUCGGUUUAUUCAGGAAGAUUUUCGCUCUCCAUGCAAGACAGCGCACCAGACUCCGUGGUUGUGCAAUCCGUUUUUUAUGCCUCACUUCGUAACCGAAGCAGCCUAACAAGAGGCUAA